UUGAUUUGUUUUGUUUACAUUUUAAAUCGUUCUUUAUCUCCAGACUAAAGAGAUGAAAGAAAGUUUGGAGAAGAAACAAAAUCCUCCUGCAGAAAAACUUACAGUGGACAAAAAGCCGGCCAAAAAACACGCUCCAGUUGCAGUAUUAGGUCCGAUGCGCGUGUCCCCAGCUCCUGGUACCGAAGUGGUGAAGUAUUCCGUCUCUAACUCGGAGCAUAUCGUUCCCAGCCACAACAUAAAGGACAUUAUAAAACAGUACCAAACUCCACCUGAUCCUCCUCCACCCGAGAGCAGGAGAAGAGAAGGUAAAGUUUUUAUGAAACGACUGAACCCACACGACGAGGCCUUACACAUUUUGACGACUCAGGUGGACGCUCCUCCUCCCCCUCCCCCUCCACAGAGAAGAGCUCCAGCUUCUGUAACUGGAUCGAAACAAACUCUCAAACCAACACAGAGCACUAAAAAGAGGGCACCAGGACCACCGUUACAAACACAACCAGUGUCCAGAGAUCUGCCCGUAGAAUCAGAAACCAUUCAAACGUCGCUCCACCUCAGCAGCGUGGAUGAAUACUACACCUACACCAACGUCUCGUGGAAGCUCCACCUCAGGAAGGAGGUGUUUUACCCCAAGGACAGCUGGAACCAGCCCCUGGUGUUGGACCUUAUAUUCAAGCAGAUCGUUAACGACAUGUUCUCUGAGGCCUGCGUUCGCAUCACCAAGGACGAGAGGCUGAAGAUGAAGACGCUGUUUGCGCAGCACAACAUCGAGCAGAAUGUAAAGGUUGAUGAUGAAGGUGUGAAGAAGGUCGUGGUCUCGGCAGCUCGUGAUUGGUGGGAGAUUUAUUUCUCACGUCUUUUCCCUGCGUCUGUAAGGGCAGCGUGGGACAGGAGUCCAGGUCUUGUCCGUGUCUCACUCGGAUCAGCUCUGAAAACGGUCCACAGCAGCUCCAGAGUUCCAGAUUACUUCAGAGUCCUGAGAUCAUACAGAUACACCGACAUCCUCUUCGUCACCAUCCCGUCUCCCAACAUGCUGGAGUUUAAUCUGAACAACGAGAAGCUCAUCCUCUUCUCAUCCAAAGCUCCACAGAUCAAGAACAUGGUGGAUCUCUUCAUCUCCCAGCUGAAGAAGGUUGUGUUCCUUUUCUGCUGUUCACUACAUAACGACCGUCUCCUCUGUGUCUACAGGAAAUGA